AUGUCCGUACUCCACGUGGAAGCUGAUUUUGCGAUUCUGGAUGAGCAGCUCUAUUACAAUAACAUAUUUGAAAAGAUUGGCCGAAAAAUUCGACCAGAAUUAUAUGAAAUUAAUUCGAAAUUCAUGCCUGAUUCGCAGUUUGAAGCAAUAAAAAAGCGAGGAAUCUCGAAAGAAAAACGGAAAAGAUGUGAGAAAUCAGAAGAUGCCACGUGGAUUGAGCAAAUCGCAUCAGGAGUACGAAAAGUCGGGAAGGAAAUGGGAUAUUUUAAAGAAUCUUCAAACCAAGAUAAUAAUCUGAAUGCCAGACAAGCCGCGGAAAAAGCCCUCAGUGUUAUAACACCAUCUACAAGUAUGUCAUCAACACAAGUUAUCACAUUUCAAAGAUUCCAAAAAUUAGACAAACUGCUUUGCAAUGGAAUAAUCAGCAAUUGGAUAAAAUGCUCCCAAGAAAAGCCUGGUGUGGUCGAAAACGGGGAAAGUCAAAAGAUUUUCAUCCCUCCUGGGGCUACAUUCCAUGUUGGUGACGUAGCAGAUGUUGAGCAGUAUUCAGCAAUCAAUGAUAUCCUCUUCGAUCUGGUUGUUGCUGAUCCCCCAUGGUUCAAUAAAUCUGUGAAAAGAAAGAAAACAUACGAAAUGAAUGAACAAGUUAUCGACAAUCUCGAUAUCACUAGUAUAACUACUAACGAUGCUCUGAUUGUUUUUUGGAUCACAAAUCGAAAGUGGGUUGAAGAGGAAAUGAAGGAGAGAUUCAAAUCCUGGAAUAUGGAAGUGAUUGCCACGUGGAAGUGGCUGAAAAUAACAACUCAAGGAGAACCGGUUUACGAUCUCGAUAAGGAAAAACACAAAUUGCCCUACGAGUCGAUAGUUUUUGCAAAAAAGAGAUCAUCUAGAAGGGAGUUUAAUAUCUAUGAAAAGUUUGUAUUUGCAAGUAUUCCAAUGGCAGUUCACUCUCAUAAACCGCCUCUUUUAGAACUUUUUCAGCAUUUCGGAAUCGAUUUUAUGCAACCCCUCGAACUGUUUGCUCGAUCUCUGCUUCCUUCCACACACAGCAUCGGCUUCGAACCAUUUUUACUACAAUCCGAGCAUGUUUUUAUACCAAAAUAA